AUGGCAGGAGGCCCCACAGCCACCCCAGCAUCUACCACAGCUGUGACACAAGGCGAGGGCGCAGGGCCAGGCGCAGCAGCAGGAGACAAAGAAGGAGAAGAAGACGUCGACGCCGCGCAGAGACCACCCGGAAGACCCAUGGGAGCAGCUGGGACAGCGACAGGAAGACCAUCCGACGACACUGCAACUCCUGGAGAAAGGGCCGCAACAUCCGGAGGAUCACCGGGCGACGCAGGGGAAGCUGCAUCAGCUAACUGGACGUCCACAUCCUCACCCACGGAAUUCUCCCCCACAGGGAGCGGCGAGAAAUCAUCCUCCCGGAACAGGUUCACAGGAGCGACCACAGCCCCAGAGCACCCGGCAGCCUGA